ACCAGGAAUUGCCCUCGAUCAGUUCUCUCGGCGGCCAUUGCGGUGUUCCACUGACUUUGCCCCUCUCCGCUCCGGCCACAGAACCAGCCAGCUCAGGCAGCAGCAAGCACACGAACCUCCGCACAUCAUGGGCGCCGGCAGCUCCAAGCCCGCGGCUUCGGCCGACUCGCACGUUUUCUCGAGUUCCUCCCCCGUUCAAUUCUCCGCCAACUUCGUCGACGCCCUCCAGUCCAACACCGAGACCGAUUCCGCCCGUGCCCGAUCCCUGGAACUCCAAAUCCAAGCGCGCGUAUCCGAAGAACUCGAGCGCCUGCGCGCCCGCGAACAGCAAACCCUCGCCGAAAUCGAGAAGAAGCUCGCCGAAGUGCGCGACUCGAGCCCCUCUCCCGCCGGCCCCCUCACCACAUCCACCAACGGAGCCUCCUCUUCCUCCUACUACCCACCGGGAUCGUUGGAUCUGGAUGCGCCCCGGAUUCCGUUCGCGGGCCGCGAAUCGCUCCCUAUGCCUGUUGAGGCGGUGCAGCAGCAGCAGCAGUCCACUCCCAUUAACCGGGAACUGUCGCGGGAGACGGUGAAUAGUGAGAUUGAGGAGCUCCGGGCGAAGUUGGAGGGACGGAAGAAGUUGAUUGAGUUGGAUGCCGGGAUUGAGAAGGCUAGGUCGGAGGUCGUUAGUUGUUUGAGGUUGCAUGAUCGGAGACCUUUGGAUUGUUGGAAGGAGGUCGAGACGUUUAAGAAGGAGGUUGCGAGAUUGGAGGAGGGGUUUGUGGAUCGUAUUGUUGGGUAGAUCCGUUUCCCUUUCUUUUCCGACUGAUGGGAUUUGAUGGGCUUUAUCAAUAGAGUUGACUGCUGCAGUGGUGGUAUUGGUGACGGGGUCUGUCUGUGCAUGUUGUCAUGUAUAUGUAUACCUAGCUAGCUAGAAAAGGUUCCUAGCUUAUUGUUUUCGGGCGGUUUAUAUGCUAUGGUUGUAGAUAUGUAGGUUUGGGUUCGUACUGCUGG